AUGUACAUCGAUCUCGAAGGCGUAGACCUCUGCCGCGAAGGCUCCCUUUCCAUCCUCACUCUCCUGAUCGAUACGGGGAUUCCGACUAGACGGAUCCAUCUCAUCGACGUACAUAUUUUGGGUGCACAAGCGUUUAAUACUUCAGGUGUUAAAGGGAAGACGCUAAAAGAUAUUCUUCAGAACGAAAAGAUUCCAAAGGUCUUCUUCGACGUUCGCAACGAUUCAGAUGCUCUAUUUGCCCAUUUUGGCGUGGCGUUGCAGGGUGUAGAGGAUGUUCAGCUUAUGGAGAGUGCUACGAGGAGGACAACGGCAUCGAGGAAGUUCUUGAGUGGCUUGGCUAAAUGCGUUGAGGAGAAUGUAUUCGUGUCGCUCGGUGACAGGGCGAGCUGGAAGCAAGUAAAGGAGAAAGGUGAGCGAUUGUUCAAAAAGGAACAUGGCGGUUCGUAUGAGGUUUUCAACCAGCGCCCGAUCCCCGAGGAUAUUAUUUCUUACUGUGUUGGUGAUGUUCAGUACCUCCCUGAGUUGCACGAUAGGUUUUGGAAAACGCAGGCCUUUCGGUGGCGAGACCUAGUCAAUGAAGAAUCUAUGAAGCGCGUCUCGGCGUCUCACAAACCGGAGUACCGACCCCACGGCUCAGAUAGGGCCAUGGCUCCGUGGAAUGAAGACCAGAAUAGGACUUUAGAUGAGUGGAAUUGGGUCCCUCCUCCUCGUGACUACUUCGAUGAAGACGACAAUUGGGAUUUCGAUGAGGAUGACGGUUGGGAUGACGACGGUCCGACCAGCUGUAGGGACAUUAUUAGCAGCUGGGACUACGACUAUUACUAUUCUGACUGA